GUAAUUCCGGGAGGUGCCCGCUCUAGCGUUGUUAGCGGGCAAGUUGUUUCGGUUAUUGAUUCGAUUUGAAAUUGGUUGAAUGAAUUUCGAACUGUGUUGUGGGAAAAAAAACAUAAUAAGCUAAUGAUAAUAGAAGAAUGAACAGCCGAUGAUCGGGUCGGUCGUUUGGUGGCUGGACAAAUUGAAUUUCGAUUGAUCGUGUUGUUUUCUAUUGUUGAGGCAUGAAAUGAAACGAAGUUAAGAACGAUCGAGUGAUUUUUUUGCUUCAAUCCGCAUCGUAUCGCAGGUGAUCGCGUGUUUCGGGACAGGUUGUUGAGUGUUUUUUUGCAGCUCACAUAUGUGUGCAUGUUUUGAUUGAUUGAGGUUUGCUACCGGUUAGUGACGUCGGUUCACGUACGAUGAGAAUUAUAGACUUACGGCGGUUCCAAGCUAGCGAUUAUAGUUAGUUAGUGUGUUGGUUGGAAUAUAGUUUCGUGUAAAAGUGCAGUUUACUAACUAGUGAAGUGCAAAGUAGACAACCGAACUGCAGAAGGGAGACAACACCCGCAACCGGCACAGGUCCUGUUUCGGAGGAUUAUACACUGGCUACGAUAUGGCACUGCCAUUAGCUGUUAGUUACCGACGAGCUUCGUGCACGGUAUGAUACGUUGCCCUUAUCUUCAUGAGAUGCAUGAACGACUACUGGGACCAACACCACGCCGAGUGAUACCGAUAGCCCUCCCCCCCUUGGCGAAACCCGAAAACACAAACAUCAUGGACCGCGAGAGUGACUGUCUGCUCGAGAGCAGACCCGAAAGCCGACAAAUCGGAACGAUGGUUAAGUUGAACCCGGACGGAUUCGGUUCGCACACCACACCGACACAUCACAAAACGCCGCUAGUGCCUUGCAACGGAACCGAUGACGACGACACGGACGGUGCACUCGGGACCACCGUCAGCGAGUCCGAGGACGACGACGGAAUCCACCUGCGGACGCACAUUCGCAAGAUAAUCGAAGGUCGCAAGCCAAAAAAUGCCAAAACCUCCCUAUUUAUCGUAACUAGUCUAGUCUACGCGAUGCUACUGAUAGUGGUGUGCGUCGCGUACGUAAUUAGUGAUGUAACCACCCAUCGCCUGCCCGUUCUCUACUACGAGGGCUUCUUCACCUACCUGUACGGAGCGAGUAUACUUUUCCUGCUGUACGUGUUCUGCUUCCUGCUGCAGGAGAGCUCCUGCUGCAACGGAAAGCCACAAAAGCCACCCAAAGAGAAGAAACCAAAGAAGGAGAAGAAGCCAAAGAAGGGAGACGCGGAAACUGGCGGCGGCAAGGAUGGUGGCAAAGACGGUAAGGAUGCCGCUGCUGCUAAGGACGGCAAAGACGGUGCCGGUGCCACCGGCAAGGCUGCCAAGGAGGACAAAUCCAGCAAAGCCUCCAGCAAGCCCAGUCCGUAUCAGGAAGUUUACCCGAAGAAGAAGCGCGAUGUGUUUCGGGAAUCGCAAAAAUCGGCUGCCAGCGAAAGCGGCACGGCCAGUGGCAGCAAACUGGCCACUGGCCAGUCGAGCCGGCCCAAGGACUCCACCCCGGAUCCGGAAGUGGCUCUGUCCCCACGAUGCAAGCGCAAAACUACUCAGGAUCCGGCUCAUGGUUCAUUCUUCCUGCGCGUUGGCGCCAUCGCCUUUGGAUUGGGAACUAUGAUCUACACCGGCUUGGAGUUUGGUUCGUUCUUCGAAAUACCGUUCACUUCCCCCUGCCAUCAGAUUCUGCGUGGAGUAAACCCGCUGCUGCAGAUGAUCUUCACCUUCAUGCAGAUGUACUUUAUCUUCAUGAACGCUAGACUCAACAUUCACCGAUUCAAGGUAUUGGCUCGCUUCGGGCUCAUGCAUAUCGUGGCAACGAACGUCUGCGUCUGGAUUCGAACGUUGGUUCUGGAAUCGCUGAAGGAAAUCACUGCCUACCAUCAGCGCCGUGGACCCGAACCGGAGGACAAUGCCAUCCUGGAAAAUAUCCGCCAGCAUACGCUUCGUAACGCCGGAAUGGUACUCGGUACCGAGUUGGGACCGCGCGAGGAAGGCGAAUGGGAACCAAUCAACGUAAACUUAAACGCACAAAACGACCCCGGUCAGGAGGGAGGUGGCGUCCUGUCAAGAAUGGUCCAAAACACUGCCAGGGUUUUGACGGAAGCAACGACCUCUCCGUACAAUUCAGCCCGCACCAGCACUGUAUCGACAACUAGUACCACCAGCACCACCCCUGCUAGCAGUUCUACGGUUAGAAACACCAUCACAUCAACCGCCGCCAAUCUGUUCGACCGGAUUCGUGAUAUCGUAGUCACCGAGAGUACAUCCACCUCUACCACACCGGACGGGGACGAUUCACUGACGCCUUCGACAACUGCGUCGACUACGUCGACCAGCACAACAGCCGCCAGCGCUGGUGGAUCCUAUCUGGACCAGUUCAUCGAUCAUGUUGACUAUUUGCAACGCAACAACAGCCUUGAGCAGUCCUACGAAUCAUUGGAAUCACUCUUUCCGCAAGCGCUGAUCGCCACUUCCACGGCAGCCACCAACGAAACUGCAGUCAGCUGCGGUCGAGUUAACAUCAUGGGAACGAUCGUACAAGAUUCAGCCCCCUACCUUUAUCCGUUCAUCAUCGAGUACUCGCUUAUCGGAGCUGCCGUUAUCUACGUAAUGUGGAAGCACAUUGGACGCUACCCGAAGUUCACUAACGAAGAGGAUUUGGAGCACCGUUUGGAGGUUAUGUUGUCGCGUCGUGCCGUCGUAAUGGCCCAGCAGGCUCGUACCGGUCGUGUCGAUUGCGUUGGCGCUUCCAAGGGACUGUUCUUCGGACUGCUGCUGCUGGUCGGAUCGCUGAUCUGUUUGAUUUUGUUCUUCGUACUCGUUAGACACCCGCAGCUGUCGCUGUUGGCUAUCUAUCUGGCCGAUGCUUCCCACUGCAUCCUGAUGGUGCUGGCCGUGUUUGCGAUUAUCAUUGGAUUCAUUCGUGUUCAAAACUUGAAAUUCCGCUGCGAAGAGCAGAGCAACCUGAAUGACAUCCUGCUGCGCAUCUCCGCCUUCGGACUGUUCAUCUACGCAACGUUCAGCGUCAUUGCCGGUUCGCUGAAUGCGAUGGAAAGCGAACCGAACCUGCUCGUUAUGGUUACCGGAAUUGUCGCGGUCGUCCAGGUCGUCAUCCAGCUGCUGUUCAUCGCUGACGUUUCGCGCCGCCGCGUCCAUCUGCCGGAGCACGACCGCAUCAAGCCGGGCCGUCAGAUCGUUACAUUCCUGCUGAUUUGCAACAUCUCCAUGUUUGUCAUCUACACGUUCGAGGCGCAGAAGGUGUUCGCCAAUCCGGUUCAACUUGAUUUCUACGGUUUCAUUGCUUGGUCACUGAUUCAGCGUGUAACCCUGCCGCUGUGCAUCUUCCACCGGUUCCACAGCGCUGUCACGCUAGCUGAAGUCUGGAAGACCACCUACAAGGCCCGUCUGGAGUAAGAAGGCCCUUGAAACACGCACACACACACAGAACCGUUUUCUUCUAACAACGCGUCAGUCGUCGUCGAACACACUUAAACACACGUAAAAAAAAACAACAGCAGCAACGAGAGAAAAUAGACGCCGCGCAUAUGUGUAUGUAGAGAGAGAGAGAGUGGUACCGGCCGGAAGCGAAAGUACAGUACAGUAGACCAUAAUAAUUUAAUCACUUUUUCUCGUUGCAAAAAAAAGUAUUUCUGAACUCACACAUACACACAAACACAUGAGAGAUGUAGUAGUUGCGAAGCAGCAGUAGAGAAAGAAAGAAACAAAAAACAAGAAAAGUCAAAAAAAGCUUUCUGUCAUUCGGUGUUUGUUUUUUUUUGGGCUUUUCUGUUGUGCUGGGUAGAUACUUUUGCGGAGGACCGCCGUUCCGAGCCCAUUUACAGGCGUUGUUUUUAGUUGUGAAUAGUUAAACAAGAAAAAAAAACAUUGGCAUUUUAUUGUGAGUAUUUUGUUUCGUUUGUUGCAUUAGUAGUGAACAUAUUAUUGGUAACAGUAACUGUACUUAAAUUAUUUAUUUAUUGUGUAUUUAGUCAGAGUCGGAAAGUCCUUUCGCUGGGUUUUUAUGUCAUGAUGAGGUCCCUUGGCUACUUAAGAAUAAAAGAAAAACUAAUAAAACAUUAAACAUACCUUCACCACGUUGUAAUAGUGUAUCGUAAACAUACCAAUUAAGACAAGUAAGCAACUCUAAGAAGAAUCGUAUAUUGGUAGUUAUAAAAUUUGAAAAUUUUACUCAGAACUUAGAUCGCGUAACAGCACAUCUUCACUCAUUGAAAAAAAAAAGAAAAUAAAACAAACCUAAGAGGAAAUAAAAGCAGCAAACAUUACAUAGAAUCAUUAGGGAUUCCCCGGCUGGGGAAUCUUCUUCGGCCGCUCUCUUCCUCCGACGGACGGUUAGUGCGGUCGGAGGCCGCGGACGAAUCUCGUUCAAAUCUAUGUGUAGUUGUUAGACUAGUAAUCUAUCACAUAUUUAAGUCGUCAUUGCAUACAACAGAAAAAAAAACAGAUGAGUAGAGGAAAAUUUUCGUAACUCAAAACAUUACAUACGAUGAGAACGCUCUCAAACAGCGCAUAGAAAAAAGAAACAUAAGAGGCAACGAUAAACAGUGGUAAAAACACAGAGAAAAAAAGAGAGCGUAAUGACGUAAAAAACACUAGAAAACAAUACAUACAGCAGCCAUAAAAAUAGCAAGCGAAGCAGACAGUUUUUUAAUCUUAAUAAUAAAAACAAUUUGCCCACCAUAUUUACACAGUAUGAAAACAAGAAAAUUAAAACAAACGUAAACAACCGAAAGUGGUGAAAGUCGUGGACAAAAGCAUUAUAGCAUGUCGCAUUUUUCUAAACUGUUGAGAUUUAUUAUAACACAAUUUGUGGCAUCAAUUAGCUAACAGGCGAAAACAAAAAGAAGAACAAAAAAAAACACAAUGGAGUGAUCCAGUUAUAAUGUUGAUAGCAACUCAAAUGAUUAUAGUGAGAGUGGUUUUCGUAUAACAUUUUCAAUUGUACAAAAUACUUAGUAAGCAUCUUGUGUAUCAACCUAUUUACCUAUCGGUUUUUCGGUUUUAAUAUAAAAACAAAUCUGGCCGCAGCCAGAUUUACCUUUUAUCUAACUUAGUCGACUUACUUCGUGGACCACACAAUACUUUCAAACAGGACUUUUGCUCGAUUAUUUACGAAUGCCGUAGGAAGAGCGAGAAAGGUUAAAAAACAUCUCAACCUGGUAAACAAUUUACAUUAGUAGCAGUACUUUUUGUAGAAAUUUUUCAAAGGCCAAAAUAAGCUGUCGAAAUAAAAUACGAUGACAAAAAAAAAUACCAUUCCAUCAGCUCAAAAGUAGUAGGAAAAUAGCAGAAGCGAGAGAAAAUUGUAGCGAUUGAAAAAUCGAAAUCGAUUAAAAAAUAAAAAAAAACAAAGACCUAGCUCGAAACAGACUUAAAAACAAAACUUUGAUGUUUAGCUCUUUUAGCGAAGCCAAAACCAAAAAAAAAACUUUUGUCGACUGUGGGCAAAACCAACGUAGAAGUCAAAAAUCAAGUUAUUCUCGUAGUGUGCUGCUCAGUCUGUGUGCUCAACGUGAAACUCCCUAACAGGUACACUCAAACAAACACACACACACCCCCUCAACCCGGUUACAAAAACAACACUGCCGUAUUUUAAAAUUCCACAAUCACAAAAUUCCAUGCAUGUAUUGAUCAACACCCCUGGAUUGAAACAAUAGAAGCAACCCUCAAACUCAAAACAUCACACACACACACACACACACACCAACACUCAUUCACAAACUGUCAACGCACACCGACGCGACGACGACAGCAGCAGAACAAAAAAAAGAUAGUAGUGUAAAACAAUGGCCAAAACUUUUACAUCAUCAACAAGUCAACAAUUUUGCGCUACAUAUGGAAAACACAAAACAAAAAAAAACUUAUAAUCAAAAUUUGAACCCAUUAAACCCAUAUUUGAUAGAGAAAAAAAAAAUGAUGUAAGACAAAAUUAUCCGCAUAGUAAUAAACACACACACUCACACACAUAGUAGGUACUAUAAUAGCAGUCAGUUUCGGCGAGGCCAAAUUCCAGCAGCUCAGCAAGCCGGAAUGCCGGAAUCGAACGUUGAGGAAAAAGUUGUUUAAACGUGAAAAUGUCUAAUGAAAAAAAAAUCUAAAAUCUAAAGCUGAGAAUGAUGGGGUGAAAGAAAAAACUCACACAAACACACACACACUGCAAAACGCAAUCGGUAAUGAAUUUAUUCGGAUGGUAAGAAUAGGUUUUUCUACUCGUUUUAAAACUCUAUAUUUAUAUACACAAAAAAAAUCUUACGAACAAAAAAAAACGUUUAACCUGACUAAAGUGGAACGAAAAUUAUUCUAUUUCAAUAUUAACGAAAAAAGAAAAGUAACAUCAAAUGAGUCAAUAACAAACAAAAACCAUCUAACUAAAAAGAAAACGUUAAAUUUUGUCCAUUUUUCGAAUUUCGUUGGUGAGUUGUUUCAGUAUUCUACACGUACAUAGUAGCGGAGAGAAGACCAAUCUUACACACACAUCGUCACGUCACGUCAAGUCACGUCAUGCGCUAUACUAUGUACUAUCUCUAAAAACAUCUAAAAACAUAUGAUUCGAAUCUAAGUUAUUGGAAGUAGUUGGAAACUGGCAGUGAAACAGCAAAAAAAGCAGUGGUUAGAAAAUGGUUCAAUAAAACAAGCAGCCCAUCAAUAGAAGAACAAGAAAGAUUUAUUCCAAAAUCCAAACAAAAAAAAACAACAACCAUGCAUUAGUGUGUAGCAUCACAAAAUCAGCCCAAAACAGAAAAAAAGCAUAAAACUUUGUCAAACCGCGCUUUUCCGGUAGAAACAGAACCACAACACAUAGCAGCAAGGCAGCACUCGGGCAAAACUCACGAAGGACCGAGCGAAAAGAAAAAAAGAAGGACACGACACGACAUGACACGGAUCCCGCAAGGUAAACAGUAAGCAGCAAGCAGAUGCAUGCAUGCAUAUUUGUAAUGAACUUAGAAAUGGUGGCAGAAGCUGAUGAUGAUGAUGAUGAUGAUGAUUAAAAUGAUGUCUCAAUUUAAUUGUACAAAACAAGAGAAGAAAAAGAAGAAAAAAACCCGUGUAAACAGAUGAUGCAGUGCAACAGGUCAUUAACAAAUA